AGGUUUGCUCACAAGUCUGGAGCAAGUAUUUCAUUACAGACUGUGCACCAAGAACAACAUAAGCCCCCAAAAGUGAAACUUUCCCUCAGCAGCUAUGGAAACUACCCUGGUGGACUGAGAUGCACUUCACAGGCUCCUCCUUAUCUCCUUGCUUUGACUUUCCUGCAAGCUGUCAACCUCUGGUGGCAUUUGCAUGUUGGUGUAGUACUUGCACGGGAAGAAAACCUCACUUGAUUUAUCAGGAGCAAUCCAAGGUGUUAUGGGAACCAAGCACUCAAAAACCGAGGGGAGAAGAAGCAUGUUUUUUCUGAGGAAAGGUCCGAAGUUGCCUGCAUGGGAAGAUGCUCUUCUCUCAGGGAAAGACCCCAAGUCAUUGCUGAAACGGGGAUUGCGUUAUGUCAGCUUGAGCCUUAUAAUGAAAGGGAUGACCAGUGCCCCUGACUUCUUGUGGGGACUGCCUGAGGUGCAGAAACUGAACCUCUCACGCAACCAGCUGGUGGCAAUUCCUCCUUCACUGGGAAAACUGGACCGGCUCGUAGUGCUGAACUUGGGUGGCAACUGCCUCAAGUGUCUGCCGAAGGAGAUCGGGCUGCUGAGGAACCUGAAGGUCUUGUUUGUUAAUAUGAACUGCCUGACAGAAGUGCCAGCAGAGCUCAGCUUGUGCAGAAAGCUGGAAGUUUUGAGCCUCUCGCACAACUGCAUCUCACAACUGCCUGCAAGCUUCACUGACCUGACAAGUUUAAAGAAACUGAACCUCAGUAACAAUCGCUUUGUGCAGAUUCCCCUCUGCAUUUUUACACUGAGGAGCUUAGACUUCUUGCACCUGGGGUCCAACAGGCUUGAAAGCAUUGCAGAGAGCGUUCAGUACCUAGUCAAUUUGCAAAUCCUUAUAGUAGAGAAUAAUAACAUACGCAUUCUGCCGCGGUCUCUCUGCUUCAUCACGGCUCUGGAGCUACUAAAUGUAGAUUACAACUCCAUACAGACUCUUCCAGAUGACCUCUACCUGCUGCGCAGGCUGCCCCGCAUUGCGUGGAACCCAAUGGACAAAGGCCUCCACGUCUCCCACAACCCUCUGUCCCGACCCCUGCCCGAGCUCGUGGAAGGAGGACUGGACAUCCUCUUCAACUACCUCAGGGAGAAAAAGGAGCACCACUGAGUUUCUGCUGAGCUUGGGAUUAAGCCUGUCAUCACAACUCAGUCACGCCAGAGCACUUUCCUCAACAGUCACUUCCACUUCCUAACACUUGGAUUUUCAAGACUAUGGAUGGCUUUAGUAAUGGUUGGAAGAAAGCAAGUAAAGUAUGAUGCUGUGAGCUGGCCACUAUAAAUUGCAGGUGAAGAUGGCCAGCAGUGUGGCAAUUCCCCAGUUCUUUGGAAGAAGACCCCAAGCUUUCCCAGAGCACCUAGUCUCUUGCUUGAAACACACAGCCUUUUGCACGGAGCCUACAGGGGUGCCAGUAAGUGCAUCAGGACCAGCAGGAAGCAUCAUCUACACCAAGGGGAGAAGUGAAAGUGGGUCCUUAUUCCCUCAAACAAAGGCUGCCAGAUGAAGUUGCUCAUAGCUAGAUGAACUGCACUCCUUUCUUUUUUGUGCUUCCCUGCAUUUGGAGCCACAGAGUAAUUUGACUCAGGAGGCUGUAUGUCUCCUUAAGGUGAAAUAUUUCUUUCAAGAAAAGCAGCAGCAAACCAGUCAUCAGCUUAAGUAAGAGCUUCAAAAACAAAUACUUAUUUCUGUGAUUUUCGGUAGCAGCCAGUAGAUUGAAGUCAGCUCGUAUGUGAUUUCUCAUAUUGAUCUUCUGUGUAUGUCCUUCAUCAAAGUUUUAUCUAGUAAUAAAGACGCUGUAUGAGAGAGCUGUUAACAAUUUAUGCAACUUGAUUUUUUUCUCACAACUCUGUUGAAUCAACUCUGUUGAAAUCAGUUGAGAUAAAUACUUCUAAUGGCAUCAUAAAAGAGGAAUGAGCCUGUAAUUCUUGAACUAAUUGAGAAUAUUCAAAGCCACUUUUAAAGUACUUCCUAUUGUAUGUCAGAUCUCAGGAAUCAAUGUUUACUUUCUGAAAUGUAAUUGGCUCAGAAUUAUGGAAGACUGUGGAAGAUAGAUCCUGCUUCUAGUGAGGCUAAUGGACAGCUGCUGUCUGAGGGAAAAACUCUUCUGUCAGCAGUGGUAGUAGUAGUCUGAUAAGAGCAGACAAUUAUGUAAUUCACAGACACAUGCAAGUAAAUGCAGCACCUUUGGGCAUGCUAACGUUAUCAGUGCAGUGCUGAAUGCAGCCACGAAGAAUCUGUGCUCACAGACGAUUCCUCUCUGGGGCUGCUCACUGAUAUUUUGUUAUGUUGGAUUGUUUUGUGUAUCAUUUUUUAUCUUAAUAGAGAAUUUCAGUGUUGUGCCCAGGAGUUGCGGUUUCCAAGUGUGCAGUCAAGGACAAAUCUUACGUUUCUAGCAAAAGAGAAGCCCUUUUGAAGGGCACUUUUGCUUGAUCAUAAGACAAACAAACAAACAAAGAAAAUAAACA